AGUAGAGUGAAUAACUCCGUACAUAUUUUCACCGUCGGUUAUUUCCAAUUAUCGACUGAGCCUUCUUAAUCUCAUACAAUCCCAUAUUAUUAUUAAGAUUAGGAUAAACAGUUUUCGUAUUUAUAAAAAGCCUAAGCGAGAGUGUGCAAGAAAGUUGCAGCUGUUUUACGCGCGCAAUGUCUCUGUGAUUAGAAGAACAUGAUGCAUUGACAAAGUUAAAGAAAACGGAUUUUAUCAUAUCAAUAGCAAAGCUUUCAAAAGGACCGUCUACGAACAGUAUUUAAAAGCAGUUAUUGAAGAGACGCGCGUCAAUCUUCAUUGCGCAAACAUUCUUCGUGUGAAUGAUAUCAUUUAAAUUCGAAUCUGAUGACUGGUUUACUGUCUUUUAGCACAAUUUAGCGAUGCUAAGGCUUAAUCUUACGAUUAUAAAUUGGUGACGUUAUGGAGCUGAAAGUAUGGGUAGAAGGUAUACAGCGUAUUGUUUGUGGUGUUACAGAAACCACUACAUGUCAGGAUGUAGUAUACGCCCUUGCUCACGCUACAGGACAAACAGGUAGAUUCACUUUGGUAGAGAGAUGGCGAACAAAUGAGCGUCUGUUGGCUCCAUAUGAAAACCCUUUGAAGAUUUUAAUGAAAUGGGGAGAGUAUUCAUCAGAAGUACAGCUAAUAUUAAGACGCUCCACACCAGAUAGCAAUAAGGCUCCAAGUUCAUUAGGUACACGUUUAAAUCAUGGUCCACGGGCAAAUGGUGUGGUCAGUUCAACUUCAGAGCAUUCUGCAAUACCUACUAGUGGACAGGAUGAUACUAAGAAUACUGCAGCAACUCCAAACUCUGAGUUUGAUGAUUUCCAAGGGUGUCUUGAUAGAAAUCGUGACACCAGAAAGUCAUUAACUUUUGGAGGGUUGCAUGGAAAUAUGAUGGAAAAUAAUGCAGAAAUUCAGAUGGAAAAUGUUGCCAUAGUUCAACCCACACCUCACUUAAAAAAUAAGGAACUGAACAUAAGGAAGAAUAUACAAAAACCAUCACAGUCUCCUACUCGUGCUAGCAGCAGUGAGAGCAAUAUCCAUGUAUCUCAAAAGAAAGUACGCGAAGUUCCCCCGUAUAGGGAUCCUCCAGGACCAGGUUCUCCGCCGUUAAGAACACUGCCACCGUACAGAGAUCCUCCACCACCUAACUUAAAUAGUCCUGGGAGAUCGCAAUUUCAAUCUAGUACAAAUAGUGGAAGUCCUCAUGUUCAUAAGGAGGAUCAACCAUCUUCUAGUAAUUCUGUCAAGCUGAAGAGGAAUCUCAUACAGGAAUUUCAGGAUACAAAGGGACAGACACAGUCCGUGAAUCAAUUAUCUGGUCAAUCUCAAAAUAUGGUUACUGUUGCUUACACUCAACGAUAUGUUGAACUUAUUAGACUAGUCAAUAAGCAACGUGAUACCAUAAAUGCACAACAAGCAGAUCUUACAAAAUUCGAUGCUGAAAUAUUAUACUGGGAAACUAAAAACAGAGAGCAGAUACAUCAAAUGGAUUACAUUUCCCAGGAAGUAAAUCGUAUGGAAUCUACUGGUCGUCUCAUUGAAGAACAGUUGAAAGAACUGGCGCAUGUAGAAGAGGAAAGUGAAAUAGUAAGACAGCAAGAAAAAACGCUGAAAUCAGAAAUUACACUGUUAAGAUCAAAACUUGCAAACUGUGAAACAGAGUUGCUUCAAUGUAAAAAUAAAAUCAGAUUAGUCAUGGAGGAACUCGCCAUAGAGCAGCACAACAUAAGUCGUGAGACAGACGAGAGACAAAUAAUGGAGCGUAAAAUCAUUACCGAAGUUGAGCACCUUCAAAACGAGGUGGAACAAGCAAAACGCUCUGCAGAAUUAGCUUCACAAUGUGCAGAAUCAUUGAAACUGGAAGUAGUGAGCCUAGAAUCUGCCAUUGUUGAAAAAAAGUUACAAGUAGAACGAUUGGUAGCUGAUAUGAAAGAAGCUAAUUUACAAAGUUUGGCUGUUGCUUGUCAAGAUGAACAAAUCAAGUCGCUGUUAGAAGGUGCUCACAAACCUGGCAGUACUCGAAAAAUGAUAGGUUCCCCGAGGCAAUUAGAGACUGCAGUACCCACCAGCAAAAAUCCACACGGUGUCUGGGUAUAAGUGUGCAUUAAGUCAAUGUAUUUUAAUAAGUCAAACAUAGCAAUUUUCGUUCUUAAAACGUUUCACAUAGAGAAUAUGUGCUGUGCGCACAUUCGUUAAGAACGUUAAAAGCAAAGAAAGUAUUUUCUUUCUGCAUCUUCGUGAACGCAAUUUAUUGCUGUUCAUUUCAUCCACUGGCCAUAUAGUUUUCAACAAACAUAGUUGUAAGAAUUAAAUAAUAAUCAUUUUAAUUAUUAACUCGUGUAUAAUGAAGGAUUAUAGGUAUCAGACAAUACAUUUAUCCAAAGUUUUAAAAAAUGAUGAAUCGUACAACGCACUUGAAUUGUACGACUCUAAAGAAUGUCAUUAUAAUUCUGUUGCAAACUGCACGAAAUACUACUAUCACAAAAUAAUAUUCUAUAUUUUCUAUAAUCAAAAUAAUUCUGUGAAUUAAAAGCAUUUACUUACUGGUGCACUAUGUAGUUAAAAUACAAAUGUAGUAGAUUUACUAUAUGUGUCUUGUACAUAUCGUUGAAAGUAUGUGAUAACGAAGUCUGAGAGACAUUAUUGAAACAUUCUAGUUUGCAUUACACGUAUUUUUAAAUACAUAAGAAGCUGUCUUCUUAACUUUCAUUCCGAAAUCAAGCUCUAUAUGCAAUAGAUUAAAUUAAGUCCAUUAAUUAAAGAGAACCUUUCCUUCAUCUUAUAUAAUAGAUUUGUGUAGCAAUCACCAUUGUUCAUUCAUUAUCAGCAUGCAUUUCUAGAAUCAUAUUCACACACUGCCAUUAUCAUUAGCAAUAAUUUUAAAAAUCUAAUAAUUCAGAUUAUUUUGUGCAUUAUUGCAUUUUUAUAUAGAAUUUAUAUUACUUUUUAGUAUAUAACUAUUUCGUUAUGAAUAAUACCAACACGUUUCGUACAAUGAUUUAUUGUAUCUACCAAAGUGUGUUAGCUUUUGUUGUAAAAGCAAGCACUUAUUGUAUAAUUGAAUAUACAAAUAAAAGUCAAGAUCAAAUAAAAUUAAAUAUGCAUUUCGUC